AUUUAUGACUUGAGCCGCAUGCAAACUGGGAAAUCACGACUAAAAGUCGUGCACCCUAAUGUAUUUGUUAUUAUUUACUGUAUUAUUAUUUUUAUUUUUUUGUUAUUUAUCUAAUCUAUUUUUAUAAAUUAUGUGUGUCCCAUGUCACGUCUUAAUUAGUUUGCCCUUUAAAAACAAUCAUUCAUUAAAAACAGCGUUUAAAAAAAAUGGGUCAGUAACAACAAAGUCUUUUUUAUAAACUAAAAUAAAAUAAAAUGAGGGUUUCUAAGAUCCCAAGAACAAGAUUUUAUUCAUGCUACCUAACGUAGCCUACUUUUAGACGUUCAGUGGUUUCUUAUUAAUAUAAAAAUCUUAUAAACCAAAAGUGCAAUAGCAUGUCAAGGCACUCAUCUUAAAUUUUCCACAGGCUUUGUAAAACAACAACAACAACAACUCAAAAACAGCAUUCAAAUAACUGUAUAGUUAUAAUAAAUUUAAUACAGUAAAAUAGCAAAUAUUAUUCUGGUCAAUUCAUAAAAUAGUUAGCAGUGAUUGAGUGCUGAAUAUUCAAUAACCACGAUGACACCCCAGAUUUAUCUGGCCCAGCAGGUAAUGGUUUGUUUUGAAUUUUACACAGGACAAAUUAUAUGGCAAAACAAUAAUUUGAUGCGCCACCUACAGGCGAUGUCGUGCUAGUGCAGGAACAUGUUUGCUCACAUUCUAGUCUAUUAAUACCCAGAGCUCCACCAUGUGUCAGCUCAACAAUAUCUUGUGACAGGCACCUUCGUUCUUGAAGGGACAGCGGUGGUUUUAUUAACAGAAAUAGCAAAUAUUUCGAGCAUUGACCAUUAUACAUACCAAACAAAUGUUUUAAGCAAGUUUAUCAUUUUUUAUUGAAGUGCUGCCUGAACAGGAGGAACUUGAAAAGCAUUAUAGGACGCUUCUAAACACAAAAGCUCUUGUUGGGAUGUCCCGGGACACCUUUGCCUUCACUUCUGCCUCCUUACGCUCCUUAAGGCUGGAGCAGGAGCUGCAGGACUGGGAGGACGCCAGGAGGGCACUGGCACACAGGAGGGCUAUGACAAGGCGUCCACUACCCGCCGCCCCCAGACUCCGACAUGGAAACGAGAGAAUCCAGACAGUACGUGCUCCACCACCACAAGUACGGUGCAGAGACCCAGCCAUUCAUAACAUCUUUAUGUGUGGAGAUAUGAAGAGAGUGUAUGCAGUCCUCAAAGAUCCAGGCAUGGUGAAUGCACUGAUGGAGACAGUACAUGAGGAGAUGAUGUGGGCCCCGGAAAUGGGAAUGUGGACUCUUGUCUCAAAAGUAAAGCAGACGUCUGCACUGCGUCUGGCUGCCAGCAGGGGCCACUCUGGUUGUGUCGAGGAGCUGCUGUUUAGGGAAGCAGAGGUGGAUGCAGACCCAGGCGGCCGUACAGCUUUACAUGAUGCCUGUUCUGGAGGCCAUCACAUCUGUGUGCGCCUGCUCCUAGACCACGGGGCUGAUCCAGACCUGCUUGCUGUAGACGGCAAUGCCCCGCUGCACCUCUGCAAUGCAGCAGAAACAUAUCAGUGUGCUGAGCACUUGGUGACCAGUGGUGCGCAGGUGAACGUGGCCCAGCGAGACUCAGGUCUCACCCCCCUUCACGUGGCAUGCAGGAGAGGGCUCGAAGACCACGUGGAGCUCUUCCUGUCGUAUGGAGGGGACGUGACAGCUCGGAGCCAAGAGGGCGAGACGCCCUUGAACUCAGCCUGCGCUGGGGCAGAGAGACCUGCAGAUGCAGGACGGUAUCUGCGUAUUGUCCAGAAGCUGCUAGUGGCUGGGGCUGAUGCACAGACUGCUGGGAGGAAGAAGCAUACGGCCUUGCAUAAUGCCUGUGGAAACUGUUGCCCCCGCAUAGUUAAACUGCUGCUGGAACAUGGGGCUCGUGCGGACGUAGAUAACUGUGCUGGGUACACACCCAUGGACUGCCUGUUACAGGUGAUUGAGGAUUACCCAGACCAGCAGCCAGAGGUUGUGGCUCGAUCUCUUCUUAACUAUGGAGCACAGCCGCCCUCCCCUAGAAUGCUGAAACUCUGCCUGCCCUCUCCUGCCACUUUGGAGGUAAUGCUGAAUUGCUACCCGGUCAUCCCAGCGUGUGACGAGUGGUUAGAGGACAUACCAGAGGAACUUCUGAAGGUGUGUCUGAAAAUAUAUCACAUUCCAAAAAUGUUAUGCUCAGAGGAUUCCCAACAUAGCUCAGGAGAAAUCAUGAGUUCUCAGUUACUUUUCAUUUACGGAUCAAAAUCUAAUGCAAUUAAAAAGCAGGCACAAAUGUUUGACACCAAACUUUGUUUUUUGAUAUUACUGAUAUAUUAUAUAUCGUAUUAUUAGUUGUGUUUUAUACAGUAAAUUUACUUUGAUUUAGCAAUUUGGUUGAAUAAGCCCUGCCAUUUCUGUUUAUGUUUUUAUUCAGAAACUAAUAUCUCAUCCUAAUAAAAAAACAUUUGUUGUAUUCUCAGGAGCAUAAAUCUUUCUUCGAUGCGGUCAGACGGAUGAGCGGUCAGCUGCGCUCUCUUCAGCACCUCUGCCGCUGUGCGCUCCGUAGCCACCUGGGGUCACAGUGUCACUUCGCAAUAGUCCAGCUCAACAUCCCCAGCACUUUGAAAGAUUAUCUACUGCUGCAUAAUGAUGGACUGCUCCGCUGAGCUCCAUUUUUAGACAAACUAAAAAUAGCUGACUAGAAACAAUGGGCUGAACUGAAUACUGUUUUUCACAAUUGCCUCUUGACAAUAGAAGUAGGAUGGAUUAUGGCCCCGGGCCAAAUGGGGCAGUGCCCUGGGGACUUUCACUGUCAGAGGCGUCGAACUACGAGGACCACAGUGGCCUAACAGACAGAAAUAAGACACAGCAAACGUAAUAUUGAUACUGAUAGAUGGAUGGUUGUUCUUUAAUAUGUGCCUAUGGUUGUUCUCGCAUAUGAAAUAAACAAAGACAUGAAAAUGAGAUUGUCCCAGGCACCUCCUUGACACUAACUGAAUGUAUUAUUGUUUUUUAUGUAUGUAUUACUUUGAUGAUGUAUAUAAAUAUAAAAAAUCUGGAUGAUGACAUCACUGAAUCAUCUAUGAACUGACUAUAACUUGAAAAAUGACUGUUUGUUAUUUUCCUCUUGCAUUAUUGACAAACUAUUGUCCUGUUUGCCACUGUAAAGUUGCUAUCAGUAUUGUAUAAAGCGCUAUACAAAGGUGAC